GGAGCUAAAUCUAUUUCCUUGAUUGUUAAAUUAUACUGUAUUUGAUGCAAAUCUGGGAAUUUGGGGAUGAACAUUUGGGAUUUCUGGGUUUCUGGAAAACUCGUUUCUGCAGAAUUCUGCAGAAACGCGCGUGCGUCCUCAAAAUUAGACGUUCGUCCACUGUGCUCGACUGUGUUGGCCAAAAAUAUUCGAGCGUUCGGUUUGGUGCUCUAAGCUCACGAACGUUCGCGUUCGUCCAUAGAUAAAGUUAGAAAUCUUAAACGUUCGUCCUAAGUGUUAUUUUGAGCGUUCGUCCAUAAGUGUUAUUUUGAGCGUUCGUCCUAAGUGUUAUUUUGAGCGUUCGUCCUAAGUGUUAUAGUGAGCGUUCGUCCUAAGUGUUAUUUUGAGCGUUCGUCCUAAGUGUUAUAGUGAGCGUUCGUCCUAAGUGUUAUUUUGAGCGUUCGUCCUAAGUGUUAUAGUGAGCGUUCGUCCUACAAGUGAUUUUGAGCGUUCGUCCAUAAGUGUUACAUUGAGCGUUCGUCUAUAAGUGUUAUAGUGAACGUUCGUCCAAACAGUGAUCGAUCCAAUAUUUUAUUCGGUCUUAGCGUUCGGCCUAAUAGUGUAUUCGGUGAAAUGGCGUUCGGCCUGUUGAUAAAUAACGUUCGUCCUAAGUAUCAAUUUUAGCGUUCGGCCUGGUAGUGUAGGAUUUGAUUACGUUCGUCCAAACAGUGUACGUUCGUCCACUGGUUUUCAGUGAAUAGUGCUCGUUCAAAUGUAUUUUACAAUUAUUGUUGGAUUCUAAGUUGAAUGAAAUUAUGCGUAUAAUUGUUUGGAAUAUAGUAUGUAAUGUGGUGUUUGAUGGUUUAGCGUUCGGUCUUAGUACUCGAUUAUAGCGUUCGACUGAUUAGAGUUUGAUCAAGUGAGACGUUCGGUAGUAGCGUUCGACCGAAUUGUGGGUACUCGGUUUAGCGUUCGAUCUAUUGAAUCUCAUAGUGUCCGUCCAAUUAAGAUAGUAGUGUUCGGCAGUUAUGUUUUGUGAAUGGUGUUCGACCAAAUAGUGGUCUAUAAAUGGUAAUGGGUUCUAAGUUCACUUUGCUGUUGUUUGGGUUGAAUUAUUUGUGUACAAUGUUUGAUAUAUAUAUAUAUAUAUAUAUAUAUAUAUAUACUCUGAUGUGAUUUAUGUGAAUGCAUGAGAUAUAAUAAAAUUACUGUGAUGACUGUAUUUUAUGAUGUUAAUGUGAGUUGAGGAAUAUGAGUAUGGUAUGAAUCUCAUGGAGAGAUUAUGUAAUAUUAUGUCAUUAGUGUGUAUGUUGAUGUUGAGGGUCCCGUAGUUGGAGGUUAUCCUGAUACUCUAAUAAUCAUCCAGUCUCAUGUAGAGAAGGAUGAAUUAUGUGGUGAGAGGAGCAGGAGGUCCUGGUCUACGUUCCGGUUUGAACAUAGUGAGGGGACUAACCUUGUGAAUGGUAUGAAGUAUUUUGGAAGGGUAUUUGUAAGAAAAAGUAGAAGUCAUCACAAGUGCAUAACCUCCCGUGACCGCUCAUCAACGUAUCAUCCAGAUGAGUGUCUAGUAGGAAUUGUGGUAUGAUAGUAUAUGAGAAUGUCUGACCUAAAAAUUAUAUGAUGUUUUUAUUGAAGCAAUUAUGCAUGUUUUAUAAUUGUUGUGUUGCAUGUUAGCUCACCCUUACUUGUUUGUUUGUGCCGGGAAAAUCAUAUUUUUGCGAUGAUCGUAUAACGUAUUUGUUAUACGGGAGCAGAUGAAGGAUUGUCACGUGAUCCGGUGCAAAUGAAGAAAGAGACGGAAGACCAAAUUAGAAAGAUUCAAUGUUAUGUUUGCAGUUAACUCUGAGCUUAAACUUAUGUAUAGAUUUGUGUAGGAGGUUACGGGGUGUUACUGUAAUUGUAUGAUUAGAACAUUUCAAAUUUGAAUUUUAAAGAGUGAAUUUCUGGGAUGUUACAUUAAUGGUAUCAGAGCAGUUCAUCCUUAGGAUGACCUCUGUGUUGUGGGUUUGCCAUGUCUUCUCUGUGAAGAAUUGAGUGUAAAUAGUAUGACUUACCAUUUCCUCCGAGUCUAUAUAGUAAGGUGCGUAUCUAACUGGAAGUUUUGAGAACAGAAAAUGUCUUGAUAAGAGUAAUGAGGGUGCACACUCAUGACUUUUACCAUAGAUUAUUUUCCUUUCUUAAUUCUGAAGGUUUGAGGUAAGAAAGAGUUAGAGUUUCAGUGUUGCCUCCUGUAGUAAUUCCUGACUUGUUCUUGUUUUUGCGGUAGUGUUAUGUGCUCUAUAGUAGGAGAGGAAUGCAUAUUCAAGGACAACUUGAGUUGUAUCCCUUUAUUGGAAUCGGUUUAAGUCUUUGAGACAAGUUCUUGCCUCGAAGAUAGGAGAUUGAAGACUAAAAGUUAAGCUUCGGAGGACAAGUUAAGAUAUUGGAGUUUAGAAGUAAUGUUAUGGGUGAAGAACAUUUCAAGAAAACAAAGUCAGAAGAUCUUAUAUAGUACGUUCGCAUGAAGUUCAAAAGCUAGAUUAAGAGAAGCUUUGGAUAAGCAUGGUUGUAACAAGAUUUGAGAAAUGAGUUGAGUAUAGUAUAUCAGUGACGUCAGCAGUCAGAAGAAAGGGAAGUGUGGGUGAGAAACAGAAUGACGUUGUGGGAGACUGGUAAUAUGGACCGAGGUAUUAAUGAUGGUUGGAAUCUGAAUAAGAAAGUGAUGGAUGGCCAAAGGGAAUAAGUAUCAAGAAAGGAAGUGGAAGGAGAAGAUUUCGAGAGGCAGUCAGAUAAGGCAGAACACGAGGUCCUUGAAGAAGAAUGAAGUAUAGUAAGAAUCUUAAGUUAAGUGAAAAAUUUGAAGGAGAUGAUGAAGUUUUAUCAGCAAGUGGAUGAUUCAGAGUCAAGUAUAGUUGGAUAUUUCAAGAUUAGUAGUUCACGCAGAAGAAAGGUUUGAGCAUAGGGUAAGAUGAAAGGUUUCAAAUGGGGAAGACAAAGGUAUGUCUCUGUCGAUCGGUGUCUGGAGGCAAGACCUCCUGGAAGAUGAUGGUUGCUUCUUAGUGUUAUCACUUAUGGGAGCGACUCAAGUUUCGGAUCUUGCGGCGCAGGAGAAUCGGAGUGUAAACCUCGCGGUUGUGAAUGACUUCUUAAAUGUUUUUCCUGAAGAAGUUUCUGGUUUACCUCCUUCACGUGAGCGUGAAGAUCACCUAAGGUCAGUGUUUGGAGUUGAGAGUGUGCAAGCCGAAAAGGAUUUAUCCGUUCAAGUGCAAUCAGUAAGGAUGGAGGAUGAACUUUCAAUCGAUUCAAGGUCAUCUGGGAUGGAAUAACAGACGACUCUACCUGGAAGUUAGAGGAUGAGAUGAGAGAAAUUUACCUCGGCUUGUUCCGGUAGGCUUAAUUUUCGAGGACGAAAAUUUUUGUUGUUGGGGAGAAUGUAAGGACCUCAUUUUCUUGGUGGUGGGGACACGGUGGUCCCCCACCUUUUGCAUUAUUAGGAUGCAAUAAUUUGAGAUGCAUAAGUCUGGAAACUGAGAAGGAAGAGGGGCUGAAUUUUUUGGUCGUGAGGGGAGAGCAGCCAGAGGAAGGGAGCCCUUCCUUCCAUUUUCAACCGUUCAAAGAGCCCCCAAGGAAGCAGUACCAACUUCAGAAAUAUGCUGAGGAGGAUUUGGGUUGUACAAUUGUGAGAGAGGAGUCCUUACAACAAGAGCUGGAAGAGGAAGUGAAGAACCGCUAAAGUUGCAAAGAGAUCUUGAUCGACACAUCUCAGGGGAGAUAGACCUCAAAUUCUACAAAGAAAGUCUUCAAGAGAAUGGUGGGAGGCAUGAAGAUGGAGUUUUCUUGCAAGGACUUGAAGGUGGGAAAAUGUGAAGGAGAAAAAGUAGUAGAUGGGGAAACCAUGCCCUUGGUGCUAGAACCUCCUGCACCUACCAAGAGUGACUUGAAAUCCUUGCUCUUGGCUCUGGAGAACAACAAAGACUGGUUUGAGCAAAUGAUAAUCAAGAACAGUGCUGUUCUCCUCAGAGGUUUUGAUGUCAGAAAUGCUGAGGACUUCAAUGAAAUCGUAGAAACAUGUGGGUGGGAAGACAUUCGUUAUGUUGGACCAGCACCUCGUACACAUAUCUACAAAAGGGUGUGGACUGCAAAUGAAGGACCUCUCUCAGAGUUCAUAUACUAUCACCAUGAAAUGGUUCUGAUCAAGGAAUAUCCCAAGAAAGUGAUACUCUUUUGUGAGAUACCUCCUCCUGAAGGGGGAGAGACCCCUUUUGUUCCAAGCUUCAAAGUGGCAGAAAGGAUGAUUAAAGAGUUCCCAGAAGAGGUGAAGGAGAUGGAGGAGAAGGGUUUGAAGUAUUCAUUUACAGCUCGUAGUACUCAGAAUGAUAACUCCUCCAUGAGAGGUAGAGGUUGGGAAGAUGCCUUUGGGACCACAGAUCGCAAAGUAGCUGAGGAAAGAGCAAAAGCUCUAGGAAUGGACAUGGAGUGGCUUUCAAAUGGGGGGGUGAAGACAAUACUUGGACCAAGAAAUUUAACCAAGGUAUUUGAAGGAAGGAAGGGAAGAAAAAUGUGGUUUAACACAUUGGUAGGGAUGUAUGGGAAGGAACUUAGCUCAGCAAUGAUGGCUGAUGGAACAGAGAUUCCAGUACAUGUAGUGAAAAGAUGUGAAGAAAUCAUUGAAGAAGAGAGCAUACAGUUCAAGUGGGAGAAAGGGGAUGUUCUCUUCUUUGAUAACUAUGCUUUGCUUCAUGGUAGAAGGCCUUCCCUUCCUCCAAGGAAAGUUCUUGUUGCCACAUGCAAGUAAUUGGAUAUUAUAGUAUUCAAAUUAUAUGCUAAGAGAGAAAGGGUAUGGAGGAUAAAAGCUAUGAAUAAGUUUGUCAUUUCACCAAUAUAUGACAAGUAAAAACCAGUGUAUGCAUCAUUUCUUGAAUAAUUAGUUCUCUGCAGAACUUACUUAUAAAGCA